UGAGGCUGGGCUGAGGGGAGGCUGGGCUGAAGCUGGAGACAUGAAUGGCUGAGGCUGGACUGAGGAGGAGGUUGGGCUGAGGCUGGGAACAUGCUCUCGCUAUACUUCUAUCUCGCUCUCUUUCUCUCACUCAAUCCUUCAUUCUCUGCUAUUUCAUUCAGUCUCUCUCUCCCUCACAAUCUGUCAAACAUUGAGGAGUUGACCCAUUAACCUCUCUUGGGUAGGGGGCAGUAUUUUCAUGUCCGGAUGAAAAGCGUGCCCAAAGUAAACUGCCUGUUACUCAGGCCCAGAAGCUAGGAUAGGCAUAUAAUAGGGAGAUUUGUAUAGAAAACCCUCGAAAGUUUCUAAAACUGUUAAAAUUAUGUCUGUGAGUAUAACAGAACUGAUAUGGUAGGCAAAAUCCUCUCAGAUUGCAGUUCCUAGGCCUUCCACUAGAUGUCAACAGUCUUUAGAAAUAGCUGGUUUUUGGAAAAAUUUGUUUGUUAAUAUUGUGGCUUCCAUUUUGGCUGUAGUGUUUCCAAGCGCGUGGAUGAGAGCGCGUUCUUUGGUAUUUUUCUCCGGUAAAGACAAUAACGAUUCUCCGUCUUAAAUUUGAUCAUUUAUUUACGUAUUAGGGUAGCUAAGGUUUGAUUAUAAACGUUCUUUGACUUGUUUGGAAAAGUUUAUUAGUAACGUUUGGGAUUCAUUUUGUAUGCAUUUUGAUGGAAGGAAACUGGGUGGAUUAUUGACUGAAGUGCGCCAGCUAAACUGAGUUUUGAGUUAUGGAACAAAAGGACCAGUUGUGAUGUAACUGGGACCUUUUGGAGUGCCAACAGAAGAAGAUCAUCAAAGUCCACCUAAUCCCCACUACGCCCAUGGGUGAGGAGCGGCCCCCCCAGGGUCAGGGUCAAGGCCAGGGCCAAGGGAAGAGCAGGAAGAGAGUGAUCCCUGUCCCCAACACAGAGGCUUCUGAACCAGACCCUAUCGCUGAGGCUUAUGGCUACUGCAACACCCCUGACCGCUCUGAACAGGCCUGGGAGGGACACAGCCCUGUGGACUACAAGCUGCUGUCUGUUCAGGUGAUGAUUCGCCAUGGCGACCGUUACCCCCUUUAUGCCAUCCCCAAAACCAAGCGGCCUGCCAUCGACUGCACGUUGUCCCCAAAGAGGAAACCCUCCCACCCCCAGCUGAAUUCUUUCAUUGGUCACAUGGCCCAGGGGGGGCGUGGCCGCUGGGAGGGGAGUCUCAGCUCGUUGCCCCGCCUCCCUAACCACAGCGCCUGUGAGAUGGGUGAGCUCACUCAGACAGGUGUGGUGCAGCACUUACACAAUGGCCAGCUCCUUCGCCUAGCCUACAAGCGUCACAAACUCCUCCCGCCCAAUUGGUCGACCAAGCAGGUGUGGGUGGAGACUACAGGCAGGAGCCGCACCCUCCAGAGUGGGAUGGCUCUUCUGUAUGGGUUCCUGCCCGACUUUGACUGGGGCCGUCUGACAGUCCACCACCAGUGGAGCACAUUGUUCUGUGGCUCAGCCUGCGACUGUCCUGCUAGGAACCGUUAUCUGGAAGAGGAGCAGAGGAGACAGUACCGCCUCAGAGCGGCAGACACUGAACUGGAGAGGACCUACGCAGACAUGGCCCGUACGCUAGGUCUGCCCCCGCGCCAGCUCAGAGCUGCCAACCCUAUAGACUCUCUGCUGUGCCACCUGUGCCACGGCCUGUCCUUCCCCUGUGUGGCAGCAGGAAGUGCUCUCGGCAGUGGGGGCUGUCUGACUCUGGCCCAGUUCGCUGUGAUCCGGAGGCAGCAGUUAGAGGACGAGGUGGACAGGAGGAGGGUGGGACUGUAUCGCCGCUACGCCGUGCUCGCCACGCACCCCUACCUCAACCGCACCGCCAAUCGGAUGGAGCGCGUCGCCAAGGCCAACGCUCCUGGACGAAAACCCCGCGCUGGAGGAGAGGAGGCGUUCACCUUGUCCUCGGCUCACGACGUCACUGUGGCGCCGUUACUAAGCGCCCUGGGCUUGGAGGAUGCACUCUUUCCGAGGUUUGCGGCGAGGGUUGUGUUUGAGUUGUGGAAGAGUCCGCCCGCAACGCAGGGACAACGUAAGGGGCAAGGCCAGGGCCAGGAUAAGGCUGCGUGGUUGAAAGGGGAGAGGUCAAAGGUUGGUAAUUGGGGAGACAUGUUUGUGAGGGUUCUGUACAACGGAGAGGAUGUGACUUUCCAUACCACCUUCUGUCGCUCACAUGACCGCAACGCCGCACAACCGCUAUGCCCCCUGGGUAACUUCCUGUCAUUCGUCAAGAAAGACAUGUUCAAUGUCCUCAACGCCACGUCCUACCACAACGCCUGCUACCGACGGACAGGCUGACUGACAGAUGGAAGGAUAGAGACAGAAAAGGAGGAGAAGAAGAGAAUGAGUCAGAGAAAGAGGGAGUUAUAAUUUAGCUGAUUUUAGAAUUUGUUAAUAGCUCUUUUCCCACUUGGGUAUGGAAGUGUCCUUUUGACAUUUUCUAAAGUCACAAACAUUCCUAGAAAGCAUAAAUGCUGAUCAUACAUAUCACUGCAAAAAUACAUAUUUUCACCAGCCAAUUCCUAUACACAAACACACAUGCUCACAGACUUUAUACAUACUCUUCAUGCCUUCUUGAUCAGAUGUCUUUGUCGAUAAAGUUUGACUUCUAAACUGACAGCCUUGUGGUGUCGAGAAUCACACCAGGAUACUUAACCCGCAAUUAUACACAUUUCAACAUGGACCUUUCUACAAUUUUUUUAGUUUUUGAAAUGUUUGUAAGGAAAAGAGGUGGAAGGACACUAUUCUCACAUUCCUGCAUUCCAACUGGGAAGGUUGAGAUUCCGCUUUUCACAUAUUCCUGCAUUCCAACUGGGAAUGUUGAGAUUCCGCUUUUCCCAAUUUCCUGCAUUCCAACUGGGAAGGUUGAGAUUCCGCUUUUCCCAAAUUCCUGCAUUCCAACUUUGAAUGUUGAGAUUCCGCUUUUCCCAAAUUCUUGCAUUCCAACUGGGAAGGUUGAGAUUCCGCUUUUCCCAAAUUCCUGCAUUCCAACUGGGAAUGUUGAGAUUCCGCUUUUCCCAAAUUCCUGGAUUCCAACUGGGAAUGUUGAGAUUCCGCUUUUCCCAAAUUCCUGCAUUCCAACUGGGAAUGUUGAGAUUCCGCUUUUCCCAAAUUCCUGCAUUCCAACUGGGAAGGUUGAGAUUCCGCUUUUCCCAAAUUCCUGCAUUGAAAGGGGAUCGUUGAAACUGGAAACACUAAUGCUGGAUUAGUUCAUAUAAAAUGUAAAAACUGCCAUUUAUAAUUUGUCUUGAUAUUGUCUGACAUUUUGAUUAUAAUGGUGCUGGAGACCAAUAGAAUUAGGGUCAGUUUUGCUGUACAAUUAAUUUAUUUUAGUUUACUCAACUACGUACUUUAAGCUGAAGUAGACUUCAAUGUUAAGAAUUAAGUCAAUCCAACAAUUUACGCUCGAUGUUUACUCAGUAAUGAAAAUAUUCUGCACCUUAGUGAAGGCUAGUUGUUAUGGUACUUAGAUUCACAGCUGCUGUAAGAUGGCAAUAACAGUUAAUAGAUAUGUCAUCAGUAAUUGUAAUUUCUGUGGACAUUUUUUUUAAUGAUGCUCAUCAGUUUGAAUAAUUAUAAUUUUUACUAUAAAUCACAUUACACAGUGGGCCACGAAGUAAUAAAACUUGUUUCCUCACAA